GGCUUGUAGGAGCGACGCUUCAUAAGUGUGAAGACACAGAGAAAGGGAUUGGAGAGGCGCUGGAGGCGGCAGUAGCAGCAGCAGCAGCAGCAGCACCAGUAGUAACCUGUAUCCACAGAGCAGGAGCGCACUCCAACAGGAGCGGCGAGAGACUUCUGCGGACAUCUGAAAAACUUACGCUACUAAGAGAAUCUAACAAAACAAACUAAUUAUAAUGAAGAUUUCAUUCUAACACGUGCACGCUGGUUGACUCUCCUUUUAUAUAACUGACUUGUGUUGGAUGAUGCGCUUCUGACUUGGAUUAACGCACGGUGAUAAAGGGCGGUUCUGCGCACUUGGGAAAAUUAUGUAAGGUUAUCCAGGCGUCUUAGACUGCAGUAUCACCCUCAGACACAGCCAUGAAAUCUGUGCUGGAUGGUGUUGCGGACACCACCUUCCGGACUAUUACAUCUGGUUUACAGUAUCUGGGCUCCAACGACGCCAACUACGAGGACGGCAUCAGUGAUGCAGACUUCAAGGGCAGCUUCUCUCUGCAGAAGCCCUUAUCUGCUUUCCGCAGCAACUCUUUCCCGAAUAAAGUACCCUCAGAUGAGGAGCUCAUCUUCAAGGGCAUCCCCUUCUUCCCAACUAAUGCCACAGACUUGUUUGGCAACAGGAGCUCCUUCAAAGAUGAGACCAACACCAUCCAGUGUGGAGAGAACUUUAUGGACAUGGAGUGUUUCAUGAUCCUGACUCCCAGCCAGCAGCUGGCAGUGGCCGUGAUGUCUUUGACUCUGGGCACCUUCACGGUGCUGGAGAACCUGGUGGUGCUCUGUGUCAUCCUGCAGUCCCGUACGCUGCGCUGCCGUCCGUCCUACCACUUCAUCGGCAGUCUGGCCGUGGCUGACCUGCUGGGCAGCGUCAUCUUCGUCUACAGCUUUUUGGACUUCCACGUUUUCCACAGGAAGGACAGCCCCAAUGUUUUCCUCUUCAAGCUGGGUGGAGUCACAGCGUCGUUCACAGCGUCAGUCGGGAGUCUCUUCCUCACCGCCAUCGACCGCUACAUCUCCAUCCACCGGCCGCUCGCCUACAGGCGCAUCGUGACACGGACCAAGGCCGUCAUAGCCUUUUGUAUGAUGUGGACGAUCUCCAUCGUCAUCGCGGUGCUACCUCUGCUGGGCUGGAACUGUAAACGUCUCAACUCUAUUUGCUCAGACAUAUUCCCUCUCAUCGAUGAGAACUACCUGAUGUUCUGGAUUGGUGUAACCAGCGUGCUGGUUCUUUUCAUCAUCUACGCCUACAUAUAUAUCCUGUGGAAGGCACACCACCACGCUGUGCGCAUGCUGAGCCGCACCUCCCAGAAGAGCCUCGUUAUCUAUUCAGCAGACGGGACUAAAGUGCAGACCACUCGCCCCGAGCAGACACGCAUGGAUAUCCGUCUGGCCAAGACCCUGGUGCUCAUCCUGGUGGUGUUGGUCAUCUGCUGGGGCCCAGUGCUCGCCAUCAUGGUCUACGACCUUUUCUGGAGGAUGGACGAUGACAUCAAGACAGUAUUCGCUUUCUGCAGCAUGCUCUGCCUGCUCAACUCCACCGUCAACCCAAUCAUCUACGCCUUGAGGAGCAAGGAUCUACGGCACGCCUUCCUCAGCUCCUGCCACGCCUGCAGGGGCAGUGCCCAGCAGUUGGACAAUAGCCUCGAGUCAGACUGCCAGAACAGAAAUGCCAACAUUUCUGCCAACAGGGCCGCAGAGAGCUGCGUGAAGACCACUGUGAAAAUAGCCAAAGUAACAAUGUCUGUGUCGACCGAAACUUCUGCAGAAGCUGUGUAAUCGGCCGUCGCAGAGUAAAAAACAAAAAGAAAAGAAAGAAAGAAUGAAAAACUGUGUAAAUGUCAUCCUCCAUUCCACACAAUAAAGCAGAAGAUAGGUUCAAAUCCUCUCCUCAAAGUGUUGACUUACAUCCUCACAUAGACGCUUUAGUGGUUACGUCAUUUUACGUUCACGUACGAGUACACACGGUGUGCCAAAGUGCCAAAUGGUAUUGCAAGCGCGUAGAAAGGACCUACAACUGGGAAGGAUUAUCAAAGACUAUCAUAAGUCUGCCGUUAACCAUAGACUUCAUGAUUAGCGAAGGCAUAUUAUAUUUUUGUACCGUGAAUUCAGGUUUUGAAAACAAUAUAUCUUCAUUUACGGGAUAAGGGGCUACUGACAUUUUUAAUUAGACAUGUUGUACUGUGUCAUUUAGACUUUAACAUGUGUCUUGCGCCAUAACUAUAACAAAAUCCUUUGCGCCUUGACUUUCUACAGGCUUCAUGUACAUGUUGCACAUAGUCAUUUCUAUCAGCAAACGGAAAAAAAGGUGUUAAAUUGAUUGUUUUUCUUUUUCCCAUAUUGCUAUUACAUAAGUGACUUUUGUAUUAGACUAUUUUCUGACAAGACUCAAUGAGUGGCAAAUGUGUGAAGAGAUUCUGGAGAAGCGGGAGGUGAUUCAAGAAGAAAAAAAAAUACAUAAAUAAACUCUAAUCAGAAAGAGGUAAAUGGACUCAGAGCUUGUGAAAUCUGAAGUGGCAUUUUUCUGUGGCAAAGUGAUCAUUAGUCCCUGAUGUCCUUUUCUUCAGAGUAACGUGUCUUUUGUUCGGAUGUAUACUUAAACAAAUGUACAGUGUUUUCUUGCAAAAUAAAAUGCUCGAGUUGACUCGUUCAGCCGCGCAGCCUAGACAACAAUAACACCAAGCGUAAAAACUCGAAGCUUGAACAGGUCAGAGCUGAAUUAGGACGCAGUGUGCUGGUCACUACUGUGUGACACUGACGUGGUUUCUGACAUUAGCUGCUUUCAUUCAAUGUGUGAUUUUACUGGAUUCAGCCUUGUGUGUGUGUGUGUGUGCGUGUGUGUUUGCGUGCGUGUGUGUGGUACCUUGUGACCUGGUGAUAUACAGUAUUUCCAAUCCCCUAAGCCUUUUUGAUCAUUGCAGUAAGUUGUUUUCAUGCUACUGUCGCAGCGGGGCGUCAUUUCGGAAAAACAACAGCAACCCAUGCGCAGGGCUAGUGAAGUACUUCUGGCGUAACUCUGAAUAACAAUAAUAAUAAUAAUAAUUAAAAAAAAAAAAAAGUCUGCUGUUAAUUUUACUUAUCGAAGCAAAGAAACAAAAAAGGUCUUUUCAUUAGCUGGUAACUUGAAUGGGAGUUUGUGUGUAUGCAUUAUGUGGAGCGUUGAUAACUGACCUUACAAAAGAGAAGAUGUGACUUUUUCUAAUAGACAAUGUAGUACUUUUAAUCUAGAAAUCUCACGGCACAAUUGUUCUGUAGACAUUUAUCUUGGUGUAAAGUUAUCCAGACAGCUGUUUAUCAAUAUGCUUUGCUGCCUCUUGUAUUAUUGAGUAUUGAAGAUCAAAAUGUCGACUGUCAAGUGGCUUCUGUACAUUGGUGGCAUAAAUGAGGACUUAAAAAUCACAACCAGUCAAGUGUUUUUAGUAUUGCUGUUUUCAAACUUUUGAAUAAAGUUGCAGCUGGUGGUCA